CGGACACAGUUGGACCCAGUGCUAUAGUAGCUCCAGUGAUUUUCUCCUGUGAGAAGAAAAAGUCGUAAUCAACAUGAAUAAAUUCGUGAUACUCGGGCUUUUCGUUGCCUCCGCAAUGGCUGUACCAAUGCCAGGUAACACUGGUAAUUUGGACUGCUUGGAGAUGGAGGAUUCCGUCUUCAGUUGUCUCGCUGUCAAAGCCAACAAUGCUCUUGCCAGAGCUGCCAGAUCCAGUGACAUCCAACUGUUUUCGGGAAUAACUUUCAUCCGCGAUACACCGAUGGAGCGCUCUGGAAAAGCCCUGAAGACCGAGACCGAAAUCCUCAACGAACUUCCUCGUGAAUCCUCGGACAGAACAAUGAAAAUAGUGUCCAUGAUUUACGAAUCGGCCGUGUCCUUCCUCAAGAGCCACAGCCUCAAGAUCAACAUGCCAGAGGAAUCCAUGUCUCGUGCCCUCACCGAAGGUCGCGCCAAGAUAAAGAAGCUCAUCCUCCCCAUGGUCGCCGCUGCUGGUCUCAAGAUCUUCGCCCUGAUGCCAAUUCUCUUCGGUGGACUCGGCCUUCUCGUCCUCAAGGCUCUCGUCGUUGGCAAAAUCGCUCUCCUGAUCGCUGGAAUUCUCGCCUUCCAGAGGCUCUUCGGCAGUGGUGCAAGUUCUGUCAGUGGUUUAGGUGCCUCCAACUUCUUCAAGAACCUCCAGCCCGCUUCAGGUUACUAUGACAGCUCCGCUGGCUCUCAGGGUUGGUCCUCAGGUGCUGCACAACAGCCCCAGCAGGGAUACUACAAGAGGAGCUUCGACGAUGGCAAAACCGCUCAGCAUCUCGCAUACUCAGCACAAAUCCCCACUGAGACCGACUGAAUUCAUUUUUAUGCACCCGUAAAAACGAUAUCCAGACAAAAUCUCGAGGGAAUCAUUGCGUGAGGAGAAAAGAUCUUACGCAGGUGCAGGUCUACUUGACACACCUUCACGACUGCUAGCAUUAGUAUUUAUGAGUAUAUUUAUUUAUACUGAAGAUUUGUGUGGAUUUUUUCUGUAGAUAAAU